AGAUGUCUAAUAAGUCACAGUCAAAAAUGCCCUCGCCUGCCCGGUCCCAGGGCUUCAUCACCCCCCGGCGACGUACGCGACGAACCCUGAGCUCCGCCUCACCAGCUCACUCCGAGGUCCGACUGUCGACUGUGGUGGAGAAAUUUGUGAAGAGCGACAAAUUUGUCUUGUCACCGAUGAAGAGGAGAUCUGUUUUGCCCGAUGACACUGACAUUGAGGCGCCGAGGCGUGCGAGCUGGUGGAAGAGGCUGGAGGGGAGCACCCGGGACGUCCUCGAAGCCCUGGACACUAACAAGAUGACUGACAAUUUGCUUGAGGAAUAUGAGUUUGAAAUUGAGAAAGAUGACAAGCAAAGCCAAUCAAUUCAACAGAGUCAAAGCAGCGACAACGAAUCAGUCGCCAGCAUAGUUGUACCACAGCGAAGGCUCUUCAACCAGAAGCAACAAACUCAAGCCAAAUUCGGCGACGUCAUGGGCUCACGCAAGUCCCUCGGAAAGACCAACAUCGAAGACCAAUCUAUAGAGGUUGCUCCAAAAAACCUCUUCAAUAAAGGACCUAGAAAUCGACCGGUUUUUCCUGCUGCUUUACUCAACUCUACUAAUAAAACUAUAAAUAAGACUGUUGAACCAGAAACAAAUAAACAGACUCGUCCAAAUCUCUUUGGUCAAGCGGGAACUAAAAGAAAGAACAUGUUCACAGAUUUUGUCUUGUCUGAUAGUGAGGAGGACUCAGAGGUCCAACAUAAAGUAUUUGGUUUCAAAAAGAAUAAUAACAAGAGAUUGAGUUUGGGUACUCGUAGUAGGCGAAUGCCAUCUCUAACGCCAAGUAUGACCACGGAAAUUGAUAUUGAUGAUUGGAAUCUUCUACCUUCAUCUACUAUGAUUGGGGCACAAGAAGCUUCAAGAAUGAGUGAUAAAGAUAUGGAACUGCAAAACGAAAAUCAAGAUGAUACGCUUACAGAAGACGUAUCUUUAAAUCGCACCAAUGAGCAAGCACAUAAGAGUGUGAUACAAGAUGAUGAAAAUGAUAAAACACUCACGAAUGAAAACAUAGAUGAAGCCAAUAAAAGUCAAGAUACAGAAGUAAAGGAUGUGUCUAAAAAAGUAAACAAAACACAGGAGAAAAGCAAAACUAAACUUAAUACAAGUGUCAAAGAUAAAUCCUUACAAAAUAAAUCUACUAAGCAAGCUGUCAAUAUUUCAAAUGCUGAAAAUGUGCAGAUAGAAGAAGUGGUUCCUGAGGAACAACAAGGUAAUGCCGUAACUGAUAAAAAUACUCGACUAGCUGAGAACGAACAAUCCUUAGAAGAUAAAAUGGCUGAAUUGCACGGAGAAUGUGUUGAAACAGAAAAAAGUCGACCAAACAUAUUAUCAAACAAAACAGAAGAAAAUCCAGAUAUUUAUGAAGAAGCAUGCAAAACAAAUGAAGAUGUAGAUAAGAGUGAGGAACAAGAACAAAGCGAAGUAGAACGAGAAGAAAGCGAAGAAGAAGAAGAAGAAGAAAGCGAAGUAGUACAAGAAGAAAGCGAAGUAGUACACGAAGAAAGCGAAGUAGUACAAGAAGAAAGCGAAAAAGAACCAGAACAAAGUAAGGAAGAACGAGAACAAAGUGAAGAAGAACAGGAACAAAGCGAAGAAGAGCAGGAACCCAGUUCGGAGGAACAGGAAAACCAAAACCAAACUGAUGAAGCAAUCAAAGAUCAAGAUGAGGAUAUGGCUGAGAAAGAUAAAAGUGACGAAGAAAUGCCUCAAGAAGACCAAGAUGAGGAUAUGGAAGAAAUGGUAUGGAACGAUAACGAGGAUGAAAAGUUAAGUGAUGCUGCGGAAAAAGAAGAUGCUACUGUAGCGGAACAAAACAAUGACGUUGAGCCAAAUGAAAAAAAUACAGAUAUUAGCAAGAACCUUAGCAAACUGGACAAAAGCAAAAAUAUCUCAAAUAAGAGUCACAAAAUCGUAGACGCAUCAGUAGAUAAUGAUCAAAAUGAAGAGGAUAUAGUAGAAGAAACACCAAACAAUUCUACUCACGACACAACAGGUCGAAACAGGAAAAAAGAAGUUUCUAAAGUCAAAUCUCCAGAAGCAGUAUUACAAAACAUGACUAACGACAACGAAUCUUUUAGGCCAAUAGGUCGCAGUACUACUUUCAGAAAAUCCAAAAGCGUCUAUGAAACUAUGAACAUGAGGCACAGUUUAGCACCAGUACAAGAAAGUACCUUAGGCAGUGAGGGAUCGAGAAAUUCAAGCACAGAGGGCUCAGAAUGGGAUUCUCAUCGCACCACAAGAAAAACUAUACGUCAGACUUUUGGCAGGGAAUAUACUACACGGAAGUCCUUGCGCGCUUUAGUCAUGGAGCAAUCCGCCAAACGUCAAACUGAAGUUUACAAUAAAACUGCAACAAAGUUUGACAAAACUAAAAAUAAAACAGUGACAGAAGAUGGAAACGACAAAAAUGCGUCAAAGAUGAACAAAUCCAAAAGCAAAACUGUUAUUGAAGAAGGUAAUAAUAAAAAUGCAUCAACAGUUAACAAAACAAAAAACAAGACAGUCAUUGAAGAUGCUAACAGUGAUAACGUAUCAAAGAACAAAACCAAAAACAAGACCGUAUUAGAUGACAUUAACGAUCAACAUAUACGUGACCGCAGAUCAUCCAAUCGUAAUAUUUCAAGCAAUCAGUCUCCCAUUUUGAAAUCCCCUGUCCAUGGGACCUCGACCCAUCAUGUGCCCGAACCACUAAUAUUAGAACACCAAGCAUCUUACCACAAAUCUCUUCACGAUAUUAAGGAGCCUGAUAUAUCCGAGAAUCUAACUAAUCCUGAAGAAUCGGUAAACAUACCUAUACCAGAUAAUAAUGAUUCGGGGCCAGAAAUAUCUAUGAACGCAUCUUAUGGUCAAGGAAUGUCUGCAUCUGGACAUGAAAUAGUAGAAGAAACUUCAGGCAAGGAUAUUUCACGUCGUGGCACUUCGAUACGCUCAAAAUCUAUACAUCACAGUGAAGAAGUUUUAGAUUAUGAAGCUUCAGAACAACUUAUAUCUGGUCUUGAAGAUCAGGAAAAUGAAACAGAAUCUAUGCAAUAUGAAAAGGAAUCCGAACAUGAAAAUGAAGAAGAGAUGGAACAAUCUGAACAGGAAAUAGAAUCCGAACAAGAAGAUUCUCAGCAGGAAAUUGAAGCUGAUUCUGAACAUGAAACUCAAGAGACAGAUGAACCUCAAGAGAUUGAAGACGAACAGGAACAGUCUCAACUAGAAGUUGGAUCUGAACAAUCUCAAAUCGGAUCUGAUCAGGAGGAAUCCCAACAAGAGAUAGAAGACGAUCAAGAUCAAUCUCAACAAGAAAUCGAAUCUGAUCAUGAGGAAUCUCAACAAGAGAUAGAAGAUGAACGAGAUCAAUCUCAACAAGAAAUCGAAUCUGAUCAGGAGGAAUCUCAACAAGAGUUAGAAAAUCCAGAACAGUCUCAACAAGAAAUUGAAUCAGAACAAGAAUCUCAACAAGAGAUAGAAUCUGAGGAAGAGUCGCAAUCAGAAAAUGAAGACCAUGACAUGUCUCAAGAACAAGAAAGUGAUCGUGAUAUUAGAGAACCAGAAUACGAUGACCAAGAUAACGAUUCCAUAUCAGCACUCAAUUCUGAAUACAAAACGCCAGAGAAACGUGGAGUUUCUCGCGUAGUCUUUGACAGUAAUAUGAUGUCUGUUGAAGAGAUAGAUUUCGACGGUGUUUCCAGACAAACUGACAAUGAUAUUACUGAGAAUAAUGAGUUUGAGAGAGAACCAGAAUUGAGUAGAGCGUCGUUGCAAAAAGUUUCGGAACCGAGGGUUCAUGAUGAGUCCGUAGGUAGCAAGAAAACUAUGCUAAUGAUGCAGUUACAGAAGAUAGCGCAGGAAAAUAUGGAGCGAAGGCAGAAAAUAAGAGACGAAGUGCAGAAAUCACUAAAACCGACGCGCAACUUCAACGUGAUGUCCCCCAUCCAACUCAAAUACUCCAUCCGCCACUCCAUCCGACGUACGACCCAGCCGGAAUCUAGGAAGCCUAAGCCAAAGCCUAAACCCACGGGUAUACCUGCAGAGGCGUUGCCCAAGGCCUUCGUCGAGGACCUGAUGUAUAAGCCGCCUAAGAGAUUCCAACCUGCCAAUGCUCCGUGGAUAACUAAGAGGCUGUAUAAGUUUUUGGAAGAGAAGCUGGAACCCAAAUACGACUACCGCGCCCGCGUGCGCGCCGAGGAGCUGGUGCAGACGCUGUUCCGCUUCAGCCAGCUGCUGCGGCGCCGCCACCUCGCGCCUCCUCACGCCGUCGACGAACUCAAGGCGGAGAUGGCGCGCCUGCGCGUCGUCACCACCCACUACGAGUUCUACGACUUCUUCCACGAGUACAUGCCGAGGGACAUUAGGAUUAAGGUAAACCCGGAUGUGGUAAACAAGAUCCCGAUGCCUCGAAACGGAGUGUUCUCGGAGAUCCUUCCGCCGCGCACCGUGGUCGAGUGAAUGUUUUAUAAUUAU